AUGGUGCGAUCUCAAAUCUUAAUUGCACUGACACUGUGGUUGUUGUGUUGUCAAUUCUUCGCAUCUGGACAGGAGCAAAACCCUUGCAACGGUCCCGAUUGCACCCCCGAGCGUCCCGAGGAGUCCGGCGAACCCCAGUGCCCACUUGCUACUCUGCUUCAUGCCCAAGCACCUGAGUGGAUGUGGAACCUCCCCCCAAGUCCUGUAAAGUCUUGUCCUGCAGGUUCCGAAUCAGAAGAUUUGGACGACCUCCUUAACAGAAUUCUUCCUUGA